AUGGUUAAUUUUUGUUAUCAACUGAUAGAAGAAGAAAAUGAACGACAACGUCAUUUCAAUAUUACUGUUAUUCGAAUAUACUUGAUUCUUCUUAUAUUAAUUCUCACAAUUCAACUGAAGAACAAUUCGAUGCUUUACCUAUCAAUACCGAUCGUCCUUGCUCUCGCUUAUCACUUUCCUAUAAUCUCGUUCCAAUUGAUUCAAUAG